AUGGCUCCUUCAAUUCACCCCUUCAUCGACAAUGGCAUCACCAAGGGCGAUCCCAACUUCUCUGGUGGUACCAUCAGCUGCAAGUGCCCCUCCAACAAGGUCACGGUCGCCCUGAAGAGUAACGUCGCGCACAAUCACUUCUGUGGCUGCUCCAAGUGCUGGAAGCCCGCCGGUUCUCUCUUUUCCCUCGUCGGGGUCCUGCCCCGUGACAAGGUGGAGGUCCAGUCCAACGCCGACAAGCUGCACAUUAUUGACCCCUCCGCUGCCAUCCAGCGUAACGCCUGCAAGGAGUGCGGCGUUCACCUCUUCGGCCGCAUCGAGGUAGAGCACCCUUUCCACGGCCUCGACUUUGUCCACGUCGAACUCUCCGAGCAGAAGGGCUGGCAAGAGCCCCAAUUUGCUGCCUUUGUCUCCUCCAUCAUCGAGCAGGGCUUCAACCCCAAGGAAAUCGAUGCCGUGCGUGGCAAGUUCAAGGCCAACGGUCUCGAGACCUACGAUACCCUCUCCCCCGUUCUGAUGGACCUGAUUGCUACCUUCACUGCACAGAAGGCCGGCCACAAGUUCGCCAACCUGUAA